GAGCGACAGAGGAUGGUGCGAGAGGAGGUGGCAGAAGGAACCCUCCGCAUGAAGAGGAUGGGAGAAAAAAUCGGAGGCGGUGAUGGGCGGGGAUGGAGGUGAUGACGGAGAACGUGCCUCGGGAAAAAGGCCGACGAAGGAAGACGGUGGGACGACAAGUAAGAAAGCGAGGAGGCCCGAUGGUUUGACCAUCCGCGAAGGACAAGCCGUGGGUGGAGGAGAUUCAACUGAUCUAGGCGCUGCGGCCGCGAGAGAACCUUCGGGGAAAUCGAAACGGAAAGUGGCAGCUGAAGAAGGCGAUGGCCAGAAGAAACCUCGAAGGCGGAAGACUGCUGAGGCAGCGAGCAGGGGCGAACGGCCUGACAGGGAGGAGUGCGACGAAGCGGCAGCGUUCUGGCUCGAAUACAAGCGGAACGAUGGCGGUGAAAUCGUGGAGAAGGAGCUCCCCGUCCAACUGCUCAUCGACCCCAGGAAGGUCCGCGACAUCCCGUCUUGGGAAAGAUAUUACAACCACCGCAGUCUAACUCACGAAACUGUGGACGACAUCAAGGCUGCGAUGCUGAGUCAAUUCCGCGAGAAAAGAGGGAAGAUCAGGACGAAAAACCCUUUGGUUCUGGCACCCAUCUACAAGUCGGUGAUGCGUAGGCCGGAGAAAGCUGACAAGGUUCACAAAGAUGUCUUCAAGCCAGAGGACAAGAACAAGUACUGCUAUUACCCCGUCAGUCUCAACGAGAACACGGGACACAAGAUGUCUAAGCAGCGAUCGCAAAAGGCCGCGUUCUUGGACAUGCGGGAGGCAUGGGAGAAGGAAGGAAGGCCGAUGGCCAUUCAAGGGAACCCUUCCGGCAAGGAGGCCGAAAAACGAAAGUUUUUCGAAUUCCAAAAGCUGAUUUUGGGAAAGAGUCCGAACGAAUCUAACUGGGCGUUGGCAGAAAAAGAUUUGUCGCUCGCCGACAAGGAGUAUGUCGCUGCCGUUGGCAAUGCAUUGAGGCAGUGGAUGCCGCUUGUGACGGCCGGUGAUGACGUUUUCCGCAAAGCCAUGGAGUUCUACGCGAAAUGGGCGAGAGGGGAAUGUCUCGCCGACAUGACCGAUGUCGAGAAACGGUCGAUCCUUGACGACAUUAUAGCACUAAGGGGAGUGUUCGUGCAAUCCGUGGGUGGCCAUCUGAAGCGUCGGCAUAAACCAGGAAUUAAAGACAUGGUCGCGACGAGGAAAGUGGACUGUGUGAUGCUCCGUAUGUUCCACUACAUCUUGUUCCUUGAAACGGAGGAGGACGAACGUGUUUGGCGCCACGGGAGCCCUUUUUUUCAGACCGAGGGGAAGCUUCUAGAGGAGUUUAGGCCGCAGGGCCUCACGAAACAGGUGUGGGUCGAAAUGCGAAAGCAUUUCCAAGGCGCGGUGGAGUAUGUAAACAUUUGCAAACGUACUCUUCCGCACGAGAAGGAGUCCAUCGACGACGUGAAGAGAUUGUACGAUGAUGACAGGUUUCCUAAAUCUUUCAAAAAGUCUGUCCGUUCCAUCUUGCGACGGACGGAAGAAGAAGUUCGAGACACGAUCAAGGUCAGCAGGGAUGUGAGGCACAUCAAAUGGUCCGACCUCAACCGGGUGACCAGCCUUAUUCCUUUCGCUUUCCCGCCUUCCCAAGCUCACAGUCAUGUCACUGCGAUCCGUGAGGUUGUGCGACAUUACGUGUGCAACUUGUACGUCCUUGAUUUGUGUGAUCCCACACUCCUCACAGAUUGGCGAGAAGACGAUUUCGCCAACUUGCAAGGCCUUCUACAAACACUUUCGCCAACGCAGUGGGCACUUGUGAUCUUUUUCCCCUCUCGUUGGGAGCUCAGUUUCUUGAAAGGCAUGGCCAGGCUUAGCGUCCAUCACGUCUGGACAGGGAAGUGGGUACGUAAUGCACAAAAGCAGGACACUAUCCGGGAAGGCAAUAUGCUGGUUGAGGAGUGUGACCGCCUGUACGUGAUAUUUAAUGGCGAGAAGCUGGAAGAUAACACAUAUGCAGUCUACCUGUCCAGUAGCCCGACAAAAGGUCCAAGUCCGGCCAAACACACGGUGGCGGCCCGCGCGAAACCUGUGUGUUCGUCGGACCCAUCAGGACAGGCUGUGGCGUGUUUCAACGUGGCGGAAGAGGAAAGGUUCUCUCGUAGCAUGUGGGAGGACGGCGGCGUGACAAGUUCUCCAGGACCUGCUUACGGGGAGAUGGAGUGCAACCCAUCCCGUCUACUUGGUCUACUUGAAAACUUUUACAAAUCUGGGCAAACUGUUUUUUUCUUUGGGAAGGCGCAUGCGUCUGUCGUGUGGGGACUCCUCCGCACCGGUCGGAACGUCGUCGCGUUAAAGAAGGAGGCGAGGAUGAUCAACUACCUUUACGAGUUCGUGAAGACACGCGUUGCAGACACUCGCAAUGCUUGCGAGUUUGCCCGCACCACCGGCGAACGAAACUGGGAUCCCAAACGUGACAUGUAUUGGAAAUUGUCGGGGAACAAAAGGACGGACGUUGGUGAUGAAGAGGAAGGUGGCCCUCGGAGAUAUAGCACGUCCCCUGCCGGUUUGAAGCGUGUGUUUCGGGGCGAACCAGUCGACGACCAAUCGUCUGAUGACGGGGAGGAAGAGAGAGACUAUGAUCACGAACCUUGUGACAGGCUCCCUGUGGACCAUGACACCUGGCAGAAUAACAGACUCUACUCCUUCGGCAAGCAUCACCGGUUCACGGCGGAGGAUGCCUGGGGACACAACGUCGUCUGGCACCCGAGGAUAUUCCAACCUGCUGUGAGGAAUGGAAUAUGGGUCAUGGCAAUAAAGGAGGCCGAUGGCAAGUGGAGUGGACUGAAGAGACUGGGAGCGGGUGCAUUUAAGAGAAAGGCAAGAACUGCUCUGGUGGAGCAUUCGAGUCUCAUGAACCCCGAGAGGAACGAUCCGGACGUCGAUGCGUAUGCACAACAAAAGCUACAUGAGUUGUACGCCAACAACAUGUUGGAGUUUCGAGCGCCUUUCUACGCACUCGAAACGGCACCGUCUCGUGGCAUUGACUGGCGCAUGCCGCAACCUCCGCCGGCCGGUCAGCAUCCAGGAGCGGGUGGUGGAGGAGACGAAGGAGAAGGCGGAGGUGGCGGAGGAGACGGCUCACAGUUUGCCGCAAAGGGGACGGGCGAGACAUCGUCGGUAGAGAAGGCGUUCGACGGAAAGGGGUCGGGCGGAAAGGGGUCGGGCGGGAAGGGGUCGGGCCGGAAGGGGUCAGGCGGAAAGCGUAGAACGUCCGGGAGUCCCAGUAUAUGGAAACUGACCCCCACUGCGUAGGGAGUGGAGAUUCCGACAUGCGAGACGAGGUCACCCUGAAGUCUGAUCAAGUGCGAGUAGAUUCGC